AUGGCAGUCGACAAUCCGUUGAGCUACCCCAGCUCAAAGAAGCCGUUCUCCCUUGAAACCUUCCGGGAUCCGCCAAGGGAAUAUCGGGGUGCACCUUUCUGGGGAUGGGUCACCAAGCAGGAGAAGGAGGCGACUCUAGAGCAGAUCAACAUGUUCGAGGAGAUGGGGAUGGGUGGAUUUCACAUGCAUACUAGAGUAGGAUUGGAUAUACCCUAUAUGGGUGAGGAGUUCAUGGAUAUCGUUGAAGGCUGUGUGGAUAAGGCAAAAGAGAAAGGAAUGUACGCAUUCCUAUAUGACGAGGACAGAUGGCCGAGUGGAUUUGCGGGAGGAAAAGUCCUCGAGGGUCAUCCGGAACACAAACAUCUUCAUCUUCUGUUUACCCCCUGGGCAUACGGUGAGGAGAUCGGUUACACCAAGCCAGAUUUCCCAAUUGCCAAUGCUGCUCCGAUGAGAAGUGAACUUGGUGAUCUCCUUGCAGCUUAUGCGAUCAAGCUCCAAGAUGGUCGCUUAGCUUCUUCUCGUCGUGUCUCAGCUGCUCAAGAUAUAUUACCUGGUGAAACCGUUUGGUACGCAUACGCGGAACCUCUUCCGGAUAGUGGUUUCUUCGGUGAUCAAACAUAUACAGAUUUGCUCAGCUCCGACAUGACCGAAAGAUUCAUAGAGCUCACGCAUGAAGUCUAUAAGAAACACGUCGGCAAAGACUUUGGUGGUGUUGUGCCCUCCAUGUUCACCGAUGAGCCUCAGUAUUGUCCAAUGUCAACGCUGAGUGUGGCCGAAAAGCUCCAAGAUGUAUUUUUACCUUGGACCCGCAAGAUUAUUGAAUCAUUUCGCGAAGCUCAGGGCGGGGAUCUUCUAGAGCUCCUGCCUCAGCUGAUAUGGGAUCCUGUGGAGCAAGAGUCAAACAUCGUCAAAUACCAAUUCCUAGACCACGUCUGCUCACUCUUUUCCAGCAACUAUAUUGGAGUUCUGGCAAAAUGGUGCGCUAAGAACAAUCUGUAUUGUACCGGCCACAUGAACGCUGAACCUACACUCUCUUCUCAAACCGCUCAAACUGGUGAAGUCAUGCGUUGCUAUCGAGAAAUGCAAUUUCCUGGUAUCGACAUGCUGUGCGACAAGCGGGAACUCAACACCGCUAAACAAGCAGCAUCAGUCUCCCGACAAUACGGGCGGUCUGGUCUAAUGAGCGAGCUGUACGGUGUCACUGGCUGGCAGUUUACUUUCGAAGGACACAAGGGUCAAGGUGACUGGCAAGCAGCUUUAGGUGUCACUCUACGAGUUCACCAUUUGUUCUGGAGCACGAUGGAAGGCGAGGCUAAGCGAGACUAUCCUGGUUGUAUUGGCUAUCAGUCUCCAUGGUGGAAAGAAUACAAGCAAAUCGAAGAUCAUUUUGCUCGUGUCAAUUCGGCUCUCACCCGAGGGCGACCAGUGACUCGUGUCGCCGUCAUUCAUCCAGUCGAAAGCUUCUGGCUCUGCUUUGGUCCCAAAGAUCGAAACUCUGAAGAAGUCGACUACCGGGAGAAGGCUUUCUCGGAGCUUACAGACUGGUUACUUAAAGGUCACAUUGACUUUGAUUUUAUCUCUGAAUCCCUCUUCCCAGAACUUACCGACGUGGAAUUAAUUGGAAAUACCUUACCGGUAGGCAAGUGUAAUUACGAAGUUGUCAUUGUUCCCAACUUACGAACUAUACGAUCGACAACCCUCACUCGCCUACAGCGCUUUUCAGCAGAAGGUGGUAAAGUUAUUGUAGCCGGCAUCACACCCACGCUUGUAGACGCCCAAAUCCCGUCUACACCUCCCACGAUUCCAGGCUCAACCACUCUCUCCUGGUCUAAAGCCCAGAUUCUAUCAAGUCUUCAACCUCAUCGAGACCUCGACAUGAAUGUCAGUGACACCACCCUAUACCGAGCGCAAGGCACUAGGGCAGAUUCUUUGUUCUACCAAAUGCGAGAAGAUGGAGAAGAAAGAUACGUGUUCAUAUGUAACACUGACAGAAAAGAAUCAUGUCCUGUUACACUAAGUAUAACCGGAGAAUGGGCAGUCGAGGCUCUCGAAACAUUUGCUGGAUCUUCAUGGGAAGUGGCCGCCGAGCAGAGUAACGGUCGAACAUCCUUCAAAUACUGGUUUGACGGAUGCGAAAGCGUUAUUCUUCGAUUGUCUCCUGGAAAGGCGGGCUCUAAAGCAAGAAACCAAACUAUUCUUAGGCGACAUUACCAACAAAUUGGAGAUGUCAAGCUAGAGUCCAUUACAUUGGAAGAGCCCAAUACCCUCUUGCUCGAUUAUUGCGACUAUAAGUGGAAUGAUGAACCUUGGCAGGGACCGGAAGAGGUAUUAGCAGUAGAUCAGCUGUUGCGCCGACGUCUUGACUUGUUCCUCAAAGGAGCCAAGUUCCGUCAACCUUACACAAUCCCCCAAUCCAAACGAAACGGGAUUGGUAAGCUGCGAUUGCGGUUCCACAUCAAUUCCAAGGUCAAGGUUAACGAUAGUACUCUGGCUAUCGAGAGUCCACAUAAAGUCAAAGCUUUCCUUGAUGGCAAGCAUUUCGAUUUAACACCAGGUGGGUGGUGGGUCGACAAAUCUAUCAAGACUGUACCCUUCCCCGAGAUCUCAGAAGGGUCACACGCUCUGGAACUGGAGUAUGACUAUGGAAUGCUUACCAACCUCGAACGAGUAUAUCUUCUUGGUCAAUUUGGUGUCAAUGUUCGGGGUCGAAAAAGUACCAUCGUUCCUCUUGAUUUGAAGGAUGUGGAGUUUGGCGACAUCACCCGUCAAAGUCUUCCCUUCUAUUCCGGCAAUCUAACAUAUCACACAACUUUCAUAUCAGACGGCCAAACACCUUUAGCUCUUCGAGUUGCUCAUUUCGCCGGGCCUGCAGUCUCAGUAGAUGUUGAUGGUCAACGUUCCGCAUUGCUGGUUCACGAGCCGUACGCUGUUGAGCUGGGUACCCUGCCCAAUGGAAGCCACAAGGUAGACUUUACUUGCUACGGUAACAGGCACAACUCCUUUGGCGCUGUUCAUCUGGUACCUGGCAAGACAAAUUGGCUCAACGCAGAUUCUUGGAGGAGUGACUACGAUUGGUGGUCAGAAGAAUAUGUUCUUGGACAAAUAGGAAUAUUGAACGCUCCUAGAGUGGAAGUUCCAGGAUUAGAGGUUCCCAAGCAGGUGCGAAGAGGAUUGACACUACACGUGUAG